AGUUUUAAUUUUACUACCCCACUCAAAUCCAGUCGAAUCCUCUUUUUCUCUUUCUGGUUUUGCUUUCUCCAUUAACGAACACACUUCCUAAGAAAAAGAGAAAUAGUAAAAAAGAAGAAGAGGAAGUGAUGAAACUAAGAUCAUCAAUGGGGGAACAAACCAACCACAAGCAUCAACCCUCUGAAUCUCACCGUCCUCUUGAUUCCACCUCAAUUACGAUCUCCCCAACACCACCACCACCAUUAUCACCAAAAUCGGAAGAAACUUCUCAAACCCAAACAUCAACUACAUCAAAAAUCCCAUUCAGACCGAGAAAAAUCAGAAAAUUAGAGAAACCCGAGAAUACCUCAGAUUCCUCUAAUUCCAAACCCUUUCAAGAAAACAACAGCAGAAUAAAAACCCCAAAAAUCCCUAUUCAGCAAAUUCGUGCUUUACCUCCUAGAAUUGUUACAAAAACAUUGUCAUGUGAAGGGGAAAUCGAAUGCGCUAUUCGUCAUUUAAAAGCAUCUGAUCCAAUUUUCUCUCGUGUAAUUGAUUGUUAUGAUCGACCGGUUUUUAGUUCUUUUGAUCGACCAUUUCUUGCUUUAACUAAAAGUAUUCUUUAUCAACAACUUGCUCUUAAAGCUGGUACUUCAAUUUAUACAAGAUUUAUAUCAUUGUGUGGUGGUGAAUCAAGUGUUAUACCUGAAUCCGUUCUUGCAACAAAUCCUCAACAACUUCGUCAAAUUGGGGUUUCUGCUCGAAAAGCUAGUUAUCUUCAUGAUUUAGCUAAUAAAUAUAAAAAUGGAAUUCUUUCGGACUCGUCCAUUGUAGAUAUGGAUGAUAAAUCUUUAUUUACAAUGCUUACCAUGGUUAAAGGAAUUGGUUCUUGGUCUGUUCAUAUGUUCAUGAUGAAUUCUCUUCAUAGACCUGAUGUUUUACCAAUGGGAGAUUUAGGUGUUCGAAAGGGAGUUGAGUUACUUUAUGGAUUAGAAGAAUUACCUCGUCCGUCGCAAAUGGAGCAACUCUGUGAGAAAUGGAGACCUUAUCGGACCGUUGCUUCAAUGUAUAUGUGGCGGUUAGUUGAUACAAAGAGUCUGCCUUCAGUUACUAAAACAACAUUGAGUGUUGCAGUAGUCGGUGCUCCUAAUCAGCAGAAGCAGCAGCAGCAGCAGCAGCAAGAACAACAACAGCAACCACAGGCAUUGCAGCUUAUUGAUCCAAUCAGUGGCAUUGCUAACCUCGGAGUUUGCGCCUGGGGUGAGCCAUGAUCAGAAAAGAAAAUGAAGAUGGUGUAUAUAUAUUUGUAUAAUUUUAUUUUGCGUAGUGAAGGAUAACAUUGAGGAGGAGGGUUUCCAUGCUAUUUCAGAGAGGAACCAUUCUUCACAAGAUAUUCCAAAGUAAACAUGGACAUUUGCAUGGUUAAAGGCAUUAUUACUGGUCUUUCCUCUUGUAAUCUGUUUGUGGGUUAUCAGAUUGUCACGGAUAUUUAGUUUCACUUGAAGAGACGAAGUGCUAAAUUGCUUAGAUGUUGUCGGGUCAAACCUUUUUUUGUUUCUUCUUUUUUCUUCUUAUUAGCCAGAUUAUCAAUGACUAUUGUGUAUAUGCUCUCUUUCCAAUGAAUGAAAUAUAUUGCUCCGUA